AUGUCUGACGCAAAGAACGGCAACCGCGAACGCCUGAGCAGCCGCAACGCUGGCAGUGAGCUCAUCACGGGCGCCCAUGGCUACGUGCCUGAGGACGGCCUGACCGCCCAGCAGCUGAUCAACAACCCCUACACCCUCGGUGGUCUCACCUACAAUGACUUCCUUAUCCUGCCUGGCUUCAUUGACUUUGUGCCCGAGGAGGUGGAGUGCAAGUCGCCCCUCACCAAGAAGAUCUCCCUCAACGCGCCUCUUGUGUCUUCCCCGAUGGACACCGUCACAGAGGCCCGCAUGGCCAUCACCAUGGCGCUGAUGGGCGGCAUUGGCAUUGUGCACCACAACUGCACGCCAGAGUACCAGGCUAACGAGGUGCGCACGGUGAAGAAGUACAAGCAGGGGUUCAUCAUGGACCCUGUUGUGUGCACCCCAAAGGCCACCGUGCAGGAUCUUCGCGCCAUCAAGGAGGAGCGCGGCUUUGGUGGCGUCCCCGUCACAGACACGGGCCGGAUUGGCGGGAAGCUGCUCGGCAUUGUCACCUCCCGCGAUAUCGACUACCUCGACGAGGGCGCAGCCAACCCCGUCACAGAGGUGAUGACGCCAGCGGACAAGCUGAUCACGGGCACGCAGGACAUGUCGCUGGACGACUGCAAUCAGCUGAUGCAGGACGAGCGCAAGGGGAAGCUGCCGAUUGUGAACGACGCGUUUGAGCUUGUUGCGCUCAUUUCCCGCUCGGACGUGAAGAAGAGCCGCGACUUUCCGCUCGCAUCCAAGGACGCCCUCGGCCAGCUCCUCGUCGGUGCUGCCAUUGGCACGCGUCCCGACGACCGCGAUCGUGUGCGCACGCUGGCGGAGGCCGGUGUGGACGUGAUUGUGAUUGACUCGUCGCAGGGCAACAGCGUGUUCCAGAUUGACAUGAUCAAGUUCAUCAAAUCGACCUUCCCCGAUGUCCAGGUCAUCGCCGGCAACGUCGUCACAGCUGCGCAGGCGAAGAACCUCAUUGACGCCGGUGCGGACGGGCUGCGCAUCGGCAUGGGCUCGGGCUCCAUCUGCAUCACCCAGGAGGUUAUGGCCGUUGGCCGCGCGCAGGCAACCGCCGUCUACAAGGUGUGCGAGUAUGCGCGGCGGUUUGGGGUGCCGUGCAUCGCUGACGGCGGCAUCCAGAAUGUCGGACACAUCAUCAAGGCGCUCGCCCUCGGCGCAUCUGCCGUCAUGAUGGGUUCUCUCCUCGCAGGCACAUCCGAGGCCCCGGGCGAGUAUUUCUUCCAAGAUGGCGUCCGCCUGAAGAAGUACCGCGGCAUGGGCAGCCUCAGCCGCUCCCGCUACUUCAGCGGCAAGAAGUCUGUCCGCGUCGCCCAGGGCGUCACCGGCACCGUUGUCGACAAGGGUUCCGUCCUCAAGUUCAUCCCAUACCUGACGACGGGCAUCAAGCACGGCUGCCAGGACAUUGGCGUCCGCUCACUCGUCGACCUCAGGGCUGCGAUGUAUGCCGGUGACAUCCGGUUUGAGGGCCGCACGGCGUCUGCCCAGAUGGAGGGCGGCGUCCACGGCCUCCACUCCUUUGAGAAGCGCCUCUUCUAA